AUUUUGAGUUAACAAUACUUGGGAGUCAUGUGAUCGAUAAGAUAACGCUAUUGCCCCUCAUGGCUGCUAAGCCCACUCGGUUCCUUCCUGUCUGGGCAGAAGCCUCCCCCAGAUGGGACAAAAGAAGUAAAAGUAAAAGGCACCAAGGGUAGAGGUAAGGAGUAGAAUAAUAGGCUUGUUGCGGUACGGUACCCUGCGGCAUUUCGUGCUUGAUCUACUGGGCGACAAAUCUCCAAUUUCGGCUACCAAAAAAAAAAAAGAACCAAACCAAAACCCCAUACAGAGCAACUAGAUACCUUCCCACCAAGCUGGUCGCGACGACCCCGGGAGGGGUUUUUUUUUUCUGGUGGUCCUCAAAGACAUGCCUCCAGGUCGAGGAGCAGCUGGAGCAUGGGGUCGACUUAAGCCUGUGGAAUUAGAUGCCCUGGAGGCCAUGGGACUCCCAUCCAAGGGAGAGACUAGGCUGCUCGACCCCAGAACCCAGAACCAGUACUACACAGAGAUCGUGAAGCGCUACCUCACAUUCUGCUCCGAUGCUGGCGACAGGGACUCGCUGCUCGCCCAGUUCGCCUCAAUGAGCAUCGGCACCGGAAAGAAACCAUCAUCGCAGCACUCAGAUACCGCGCCCACCGCGGCCACAAAACAAGUCGGCCCGAGGCUGCCUCCGCCCGACGGUGCCGCCGUGGCAGCCGGCGGGCCCAAGUCCAAGGAUCUCGUCGUGGUCAUGAUGGCGCUCCGGAAGCUCCGGGAAGCCAUCGUGGCGACCAAGCGCGCCGACGACUUUGCCGUGCAGGUCUACCUCUUCAACAUCAGACUCGCCAUUCUCGUCAAGACGCCCGAGUCCUACCACCCGGCCAUCCAGCACCUCCUCCGCCGGAUCCACCCGGUGGCCCAGCCGCUGACCAGCGUCGAGCUGCAAGAGGUCGUCGGCUACCUGGUCCUCGACGCCGCCUGCCGCCGCGGCGACCUGUCCGAGGCGCACGUGGCCCGCCUCCAGUACGGCCUGCGCGACCCAAAGGUCGAUGCCGUGCUGGACGCCCUGGCCCACGACAACUAUGCCGCCUUUGCGCGGCUGAGGGGUCAGGUCGACGGGCACAAGGCGAAGCUGAUGGAGUUUGCCGCACCGACCAUGAGAAGGCAUGCGCUGUCGUGUCUGGGCCGCUCCUACCUCUCGGUCGACGUUGGCUUCUUGGAAAAGUCGGCCGGCAGGGCGUGGGCCGAACUGCAGAGGGAAGACGGCGUCGGCUGGGAGAGGGACGGUCAGAGGGUUGUCAUACGGAAGAUGAAAGCAAAGACUUGACCAGCAGCACGAAACUCUACUUCUUUUUCAUCAGGCGCCGUUCUUGGGUCCAUUGGCACAAACAGUUAUAUGAUACCCAUCUCAAUUUCGAUUCUCCCCUGUCCCAACCUGAUCUGUAUAAACACAUUAGCUAGACGCUCACGGAGAUGGAGUUAUAAACCUGCAGAUGGCAAAGUCAACGCCGUAAGUCCCGGGCCACAUGAUCCCCUGAAUACCUACUGAUGCGCACAAACCUGCAUAUGGUGUCGUCAUUAGAUCAGAGCCAAGUCGAUGAUAUUUUUUUUAUCCAGCCCAGGUCUGUAAGCUACCGCCGAAUUUCGAGUACUAGGCAUGUUUACUAUUGAACGUCAAGGUUCUCUGCAGACGGAUAUUCGGAAUCACCGAGCGAAUGCAGACAAGCUCGACUGGAAGACCGCAGCUGGCAGACUAUCACGGCUCUACGGCAACGAUACAGACCUGGUAGUACUCGGCGUCAAGGUCUAGAACACUUCAGACUCGACAGGUUACGUCCGCAAGGAAGCCCGGCUUGGACAGCCGCCAUGCCAUCUAUUCCAAUGUGACGGUUCUGACAAAUCUGGUCACUCCGAUACGGGCCCUGUCUUGUUCUCAAAAGGGCUGCAGACACCCUUUUUUACUUUCGCAUGUAUUAUCACCGGUGCAAAACUGACGACGCAAAUCUCCGUCGGGCCGCCCGGUAUCUAUUCUUAGACCUACCAAGCCUCCGACUCCAGUUUCCUGCUUUAAACGUCAAUUUCCCCGGUUUGGGGCCCCUGCGUCUCAUUGCGUCGGCCGAAAUUGGGCCAAUAUAAUCAGCCUGUCGCUGUCGAGCUGGAGGGAUCGUCGGACCCUUACGCCGUGCUUGCACGCAUCACGACAAGCAUGUGACUGAACUUGGUGAUAGCGGAGGUAGUAUUUCCCAGUAGAUAACGGUGGCACCAUCCAUCGCUACCUUGAAGACAUCAUUGUGAGGGGGAGCAAUGGAACCUUGGCGUGCUUACAAUAAAUGUCAGCCCAUGUCUAGUCCUGGUGGAAAGAACCAGUUUUGUCUCUGAUCGGAAGGGCUGGAUCAACCUAGACACGACCAUAAGAAAAGACCUGCCACCCAGUCCCGUACCAAAAACACCCAAUUCAGCUUUAUCCACAACAAAUUGCAAACAAGGUAGCUUUCAACCCUGUUUUCUAUGCGUUCCCGAAGAGCUUUUCUUUGGGGGGGACAGUCGCAACGCAAUUAUCUGUCCUGGCAGGGGGCGGCAGAGAAUGACACAUUGGCCCCUCGCUGGUGCCGGUUUCCAGG